GUUCCUAUUAGCAACCACAGGCUUCUAAACAACCCGUUUUAUCUCCAUCCUUUUGCGGUCCUGCGGAUCUUGGUGAUUUGGGGUUUAGCAAAUCACCGCCUCACCUCUCUCGCUCCUUUAGGCUCCUGACCCCGCCUAGUGCCAUGGCAGAGUUGGGCCUAAAUGAGCACCACCAAAAUGAAGUUAUUAAUUAUAUGCGUUUUGCUCGUUCAAAAAGAGGUUUGAGACUCAAAACUGUGGAUUCCUGCUUCCAGGACCUCAAGGAGAGCAGGCUUGUAGAGGAGACCUUCACUGUGGAUGAAGUGUCGGAAGUCCUGAGUGGGUUGCAGGCUGUGGUGCAUAGCGAGGUGGAGUCUGAGCUCAUCAACACUGCCUACACCAAUGUGCUACUUCUGCGGCAGCUGUUUUCACAAGCUGAGAAGUGGUAUCUUAAGCUACAGACAGACAUCUCUGAGCUUGAAAACAGAGGAUUAUUAGAACAAGUUGCAGAAUUUGAAAAAGCAGAAUUUACAUCUUCAAAUAAAAAGCCCAUCAUAGAUAUUACAAAACCAAAACUUGUUCCAAUUAACGAAGUUGGGACAACAGAACUCCUAAACAAGGAGAUUUUGAGACUUCAAGAAGAGAAUGAGAAAUUGAAGUUAAGGCUGAAGAACAUUGAAAUUCAGGCUACAAAUGCAUUGGAUGAGAAGUCAAAACUAGAACAAGCACUACAAGAUUUACAGCUUGACCAAGGAAAUCAAAAGGAUUUUAUAAAGGCCCAAGACUUGAGUGACUUGCAAAACACAGUUGCUGCUUUAAAGAGUGAGUUUCAGAAGACACUUAAUGACAAGACAGAAAACCAGAAGUCCCUGGAGGAGAAUCUUGCAACAGCCAAGCACGACCUACUCAGGGUUCAGGAGCAGCUGAGCAUGGCUGAAAAGGAAUUAGAGAAGAAAUUUCAACAAACAGCUGCUUAUCGAAACAUGAAGGAGAUUCUCACCAAGAAGAAUGACCAAAUCAAAGACCUGAGGAAAAGACUGGCAAAGUAUGAGUCAGAAGAUUAAAAACUGAAGAUUUCCAGAUACUGCCACAACAUGAACAAACCAACUGCCUUCCACCUCAGGCAUGGAUUCUGAAGCAUUUCAUCAUAUCCCCUCUCCCUGUUUUUGUAAUAUUAUACUUUGCUUAUGAUAUUUUGAACUAGAAUCCCUAUUUUCAGUUGUCCAGUGGAGACGAGAAGAAAUGUAAUGGCUCUGGCCGAUUACCCCUGCCCAGUGAGCACUCUGCCAAGCUCCAGAGGCGUAGUUCAAAUACAGUGGGAAACAUUGACAGGAGGAAGAUUUUUAGAGAGGGAGGAACGAGUCUUAGCCUUUUACAUUAGCAUAAAAACUAUAUCUUUUUAAUGAAUUUAAGAAUAAACAAUAAACAAUAGUUAUUAAAGUUAGUUAUUACAAAUAAACUUUCUUUUUAUUAUUAGUGAUGAAAUCUUACUUCAUUUACUCUAUUUGAUCAAGAAAUGUAUGAAUUCAUUGAAAAUGUGAAUAGUAACUGAGGCAGCAUUUUCACCCAUUGUAAGAAAAAUUAUCAGUAGUGGACAUGAGGGUUUGGUUAACUUUUCCCAUCUUCCUGCCUUAAAUAUUGUUUAAGAGGAGAUGCCGGCGUGUUUUGGCAUCUUGACAUGGUGAUUUUAUGCUACUGAUGGAGAAGUCAGAUCCAUCCCAUACUACAUUUAGAAAGCAUUUGGACUUGGUGUCAACGUAAUUGUUACUUGUAUUUCCAGAAUAUUAUUUUAAUUACAUGUAAAAUAAGAACUCAAUUUUUAAGAGUUAAAUUCAAUCACCAGAUUGCAGAUUGGAUUUUGGAUGAUAAUUUGCGCUUACAGCAAUAGCUUUUUCAAGAGGUUUUAAUGCAUUUCUGUUAUGGUUUAGAUAUGAGGCGUCUCCCAAAAGCGUGUGUAUGAGACAGUGCAAGAGAGUUCAGAGGUGAAAUGAUUGGGUUAUGAGAGCCUUCACCCAGUCAAUGUGUUAAUCCACUUGAAUGGAUUAACUGGGCAGUGACUGUAGGCAGCAUGACUUGAGGAGGGGAUAACGGGGGUGCCUUUAGUGUAUAUAUUUUGUCCCUGGUGAGUAGAGUUCCCUCUGUCUCCUUGUUGCCAUGUCUUCUGUCACACCCUUCCUCUGUGAUGUUCUGCCUCACCUCAGGCCUGGGCAAUGGAGUUGGCGAUUUGCAGACUGAGACUUCUGAAACCAUGAGCCCCAAAUAAACUUUUCCUCCUUUAUGUUGU